GUAAUAGGAGCAGGUACUCGGAAGACCUGCCGGGACCCGUCUGGCCGCUCCGGAGACCUGGAAGGAGUUUCAUCCACGUCUUAAACGGAUCGCAGUGAUUCAACGCGAGCCGCCAUCUAGCGCCCCUGCGCCGACGCCCCCGACGCCGGGAAGUGAGUGUGACGCCGGGCACGAGCAGCCGGCGCCGACGUCGUCCGACUCGACUGCGACGGUAACGCGCGGACCGCGGUCACCGCUCAUCACAUCUGAAUCGCGGCCAGGUCGGAUUACGCCGCGACGACGACAGACGCGUCGUCGCCCGUUUUCGCCGAGCCGCAACGCGAGGCCGACUUCGGCCCUCGGGGACCCUCGGUGAGGGGGCCGCGCGCGCACCUCGUCGCCAACGUCGCCAGAAAUAACGCGACGUCCGACCCCCCCCCGCGGAGGAGGAGGCGAGCUGACCUGACGGGGGUGUUUAGCUGUGGGACGUGAGCGUCUCCGCGGCUCGUCGAAACGGACCCCCACCCUCCACACCCCUCCUUCGGAUCAGCAGCAGCAGCAGCCAUGCAAAGCCCUCCGCCUGAAACCGCGGCGGGGCACACGGGCGGACGCACGGAGGACAAAAGUGCCAAUCCGGAGACCACCCUGGGUAGCGCCUACUCUCCCGUGGACUACAUGAGCAUCACCAGCUUCCCCCGGCUGCCGGAGGACGACAACGCCGCCGCCGCCGCCGCCCCCGCCCCCGCCCCGGGGGACAACACUCUGAAGCUGCGCAAAGGCGAGGAAAACGCGCUGAGCGAGCAGGACACGGACCCCGAUGUGUUCCUGAAGUCGGCCCACCUGCAGCGCCUCCCGUCCUCGGCGUCGGACCUGGCCAGCCACGAGAUCGCCUCGCUGCGGGAGACCCGCACGGACCCCUUCACGGAGGACUGCGCCUGCCAGCGCGACGGGCUCACCGUCAUCAUCACGGCGGGCCUCACCUUCGCCUUGGGGGUGACGGUGGCUCUCAUCAUGCAGAUCUACUUAGGACCCCCCCAGAUCUUUAACCAAGGCGCCGUGGUGACCGACGUGGCCCAGUGCACGUCCCUCGGCUUCGACGUCCUGGAGAGACAGGGCUCCAGCGUGGACGCCGCCAUCGCCGCGGCGCUCUGUUUGGGAAUCGUCCACCCUCACACUUCUGGAAUCGGAGGGGGCGGAGUGAUGCUGGUGCACAACAUCCGGAGGAACGAGACGAGGGUCAUUGACUUCAGAGAGACGGCGCCGGCCGCCAUCAGCGAGGAGAUGCUGCUGACGAAACUCCACCUGAACCCCGGCCUGCUGGUGGGGGUACCAGGGAUGCUCAGCGGGCUGCACCAGGCCCACCAGCUCUACGGCAGAAUGCCGUGGAAGGAUGUGGUAACCAUGGCAGCCGAAGUGGCCAGAACUGGAUUUAAUGUCACCCAUGACUUGGCUGAAGCACUGGCGAAGGCAAAGGACCAAAACAUGUCGGAUGCUUUCGGGCAUUUGUUCCUGCCCGAUGGUCAGCCUCCCCCGUCCGGGCUGCUCACCAGACGUCUGGAUUUAGCAGCCAUCUUGGAUGCGGUGGCGUCUAAGGGGACGUCUGAGUUCUACAGCGAGAACCUGACUCGGGAAAUGGCAGCAGCAGUGCAGGCUGCAGGCGGAGUGCUCACAGAGGAGGACUUUGGAAACUACAGCACCGUGUUACAGCAGCCGGCGGAGAUCAUCUAUCAAGGACACCAUGUGAUGGCGGCCCCGGCCCCGCAUGCAGGUAUUGCCUUGAUCGCCGCUCUCAACAUCCUGGAAGGCUACAACAUAACCAGCCAGGUGCCCAGGAACAGCACCUACCACUGGAUAGCAGAGGCACUGAAGAUUUCUCUUGCCCUCGCCAGUGGACUGGGAGACCCCAUGUAUGACACUUCCAUCUCAGAUGUUGUCGCCAAGAUGCUGAGUAAAUCACAGGCCUCCCUACUCCGCCAGAUGAUCAACGACUCUCAGGCUUUUCCCGUCGGACAUUACGCUCCAUCUUUUACCUUGGAGACGGGCGCAGCUGCCGCCCAGGUCAUGGUGAUGGGGCCGGAUGACCACAUCGUGUCAGUCAUGAGCUCUCUCAACAAGCCGUUCGGCAGCGGGAUCGUGACUCCUUCCGGAAUCCUCCUGAACAGUCAGAUCCUGGAUUUCUCCUGGCCAAACAAAACCCGGGGCUCAUCGCCCAACCCGCAUAACAGCCUGCAGCCUGGGAAGAGGCCCAUGUCCUUCCUGAUGCCCACGGCAGUGAGGCCCGCCGUGGGCUUGUGUGGCACCUACGUGGCCGUGGGAUCCUCUGACGGAGAGAAAGCUCUCAGCGGCAUCACGCAGGUGCUGAUGAACGUUCUGUCUUCACGUAAGAACAUGAGCGACAGCUUGGCGUACGGACGACUCCACCCGCAUCUGCUGCCCAACAUGCUGCUGGUGGACUCUGAGUUUGAAGACGAAGACGUGGAGCUGCUGCAGGCCAAAGGUCACAAGGUGGAGAGGAGAGAUGUUCUCUCACUAGUGGAGGGCACCCGGAGAACCAAUGACCUCAUCAUCGGGGUGAAAGACCCCCGCAGUGCUGACGCCUCCGCCCUCACCAUGUCCAACGUGCCCUAGCGCGCCGUCAGCGGCUCACGUAGCGACGUUGUUGUGCCCUCGCGCCGACGCAGUAGUUUGUGUUCACAGUGUACGUCCACCGCUUCACGGCACCACUCAAAACUCCAGCCUUCAUCACGCAGAGCGGGGCGCCUCCCUGAGGUCAGGCCCACCCGAAGAACACGCAAGAGCCUCGGAGUGGAUUCACUCAGCGGACGCGAGGGAACACAGUUGAAAAAGUGUAACGGCAUUUGUUGAGGCUAGUUGUGGGGCGCAGAGGUUGCAUUCAGAUUGUAGGAGAAAGGCAAUUAACGACGAACAAAUAGUUUAUUUUGCACGAAUGAUCAUUGAAUACCGAACAUUUGCUACACAUGCAUGCGUCAAUCCGUCCACGGCCUCUCGCCACCGAUCGUACUAACAUAUUUAAACACUGUAUGAAGCCUCGCACAGUCACAGCUAAACUAGGAUGUUCCAGACUGAAGGCAAGACGACACCGGUGCCCAUCCUGCUCUUUGUGUGCCGUGUAACUGUGACUGUAGAUAUCGUUUGGUGCAGCUGAUUGAGUUUUAACCCCUGCGAUCAAAUCAAAUGGCUCCUUGGGACCAAGUCCAGAACAACUCGUUUUUUUAUUAAAGUACGGAAUUAUCUGUCAACACUGCAACAUUUUUACAGGUUAGGGUCACCAAUGAUAUGUGUAUUUAAAUAUAUAAUUUAUGAAAUUCUAACUGUUGCACGACGUUUUCUCAUUGAAGCUUGUUGCUUUUAAAAAAAUUGUUUUUAGAAUGAUCAUCUUAUUCAGUGAUGGAUUGAAUGUUAUCUG